GGGCUGGGGACUGGGGGCUGGGAUUCGGGGUCGCUCCCACGUGCGGCCCUGGCUCCCACCCUGCGCCCUGUUCCUAGGACACAGGGGCAGGGGUCCCCAGGGACUGGGUCCGGGCGCUCCCACCUCCCCCAUCAUCGUUCUGAACUGGAAGCCUGCCCCGAGAUAUUCCACUUGUGCCAAGCUAGCUGUGGGCCGACCAGCCUUAUCCUCGUAGCUGCUUCCCUCUCAGAGAGACCAGGUGCCGCGGACACGUGCAGCCGGAAGUCCUCUUUCCCGGCUGGCUAGCGGGUGCCUCCCGGGGGGCGUGGUCUUCGCUAGGUUUAUCCUCGUAGGCAUUAAGGACCUAGGAACUGCGGGGUGAGCAAGACCCACGGGUCCCUGCAACGUGCCCUGCAGGGCGUCCAGAGGGGGGUUCCCGUAGGCACCCAGUGAACUUAGAGGUAGUCCAGACAGGGAGCUCCACUGUGAUACAAGCAUGGCGGAAGCACUGGGGCAAGGCGAAGUCUGUGACGAUGGCCGCUAGGCAGGAGCUGUGAUGCUGGGGUGGAGUUUGGAGUUCGCCGCGACUACAAGGAAAAAGCAAUAAGGAGACUUAAACAGAAGUGAUGCAAUCUGUUUUUGGGCCAGAAAUUUCUCUCCGGCGCAGUGUGGAAACUAGAUUGGGGGGGGCGGGGGGACCAUGGCAGAGGCUGUUGGUAGAGUCCUCCUGUGCUAACGCAGACUUGGUCAGGAAGGCAGUGGCGUAAGGAGGGCUGAGUCGUCAAAGGGUGGCCUGCAGAGGCCAGAGCACCCCCGCUGCGGUAGAUGGUUGUGGAGUGAAUGAUGCUGGAAGGAAGGAAGAGCCCCAGCCCUUCGAGGCAUCGGCGGAAGACACAAAAACUGAAUGUGGCCUACGAUCGCGAGGAAGAAGACACCAAACCCCCCAGGGCACCAAGCUGGGAGCCCCGGGACUGGCGGCAGCAGCUGCUGAACAUCCGCGCCAUGAGGAGCGGGAAGGACGCACCUGUGGACUGGCUGGGGGUUGAGCACUGCUACGACUCCGACGCACCCCCAAAGGUGCGGAGGUACCAGGUGCUGCUGUCGCUGAUGCUCUCCAGCCAAACCAAAGACCAGGUGACAGCGGGUGCCAUGCAGCGGCUGCGGGCUCGGGGCCUGACAGUGGACAGCAUCCUGCAGACGGAUGACAGCACGCUGGGCACGCUCAUCUACCCCGUCGGCUUCUGGAGGAGCAAGGUAAAGUACAUCAAGCAGACUAGUGCCAUCCUGCAGCAGCGCUAUGGCGGGGACAUCCCAGAUUCUGUGGCAGAGCUCGUGGCACUGCCAGGCGUUGGACCCAAGAUGGCACACUUGGCCAUGGCGGUGGCCUGGGGCACCGUGUCAGGCAUCGCGGUAGACACGCAUGUGCACAGAAUUGCCAACAGACUCGGGUGGACCAAGACAGCGACCAAUUCCCCGGAGAAGACUCGUGCUGCCCUGGAGGAGUGGCUGCCCCGGGAGCUGUGGGGCGAGAUCAACGGACUGUUGGUGGGCUUCGGCCAGCAGACUUGUCUGCCCGUCCACCCACGCUGCCAGGGCUGCCUCAACCGGACGCUGUGCCCGGCCGCGCGGGGCCUCUGAGGACCAUGGUGCUUCGGCCCUGGACGCCGUUCUGGGUAGUGCGCUGCGUGCCUUUGCUGGGGAGCCCCAGCCUGUUUGUAAUAAAGCUUGGGAGUUGUUUGCA